UUAUUUGUGACUACAAAGUAUUAGACACCAUAAAAUUAGCCAAAAUUAUUGUUCAGAAAAUCUAGUUUACACUCACUGAUUUAUCCUACUCAUUCAACUGUCAAGACUCGUUCAACUAUCCAAGAUUCCAAUCCCUCAACUUUCUCUCUCCUACGGGAAUUACAAUUAUUUUGAUGUGUUGCUGAUAAAAAUGACUACUUUAUCUGGGUUGCUACCAAAUUCUUCUGUUUUGGGUCAUAAAAAUGGAAACCCAAUGCUUUCGUAUCGAUUUCGAAUGUCUACUGAAGCCAAUUCUAGAGACUUGAUUGCUUGUAAUUUUGUACCGAAAUGGAAUUUAAGGUCAGAGAUCAAUUAUUCAAACAAGAGGCAGAUUCGACCUCGGUUUUCGAUGUCUAGGGGAGGAAGUUAUGGAUUAAAGUUUGAUGAUGAGAUUGAUGAGGAACCAUUUUGGGUGCAAUUUUCUAAGGAAACAAUCAGGGGUUUGAAGUCUUUGCUUGCUUUCCUUGCUCAGCAACCUGGUCAGUUGAAGUACAUAGAAUGGCCGAGUUUUCAGGACACGCUGCGAACUGCCACCCUCACCCUUGUACUUGUAGCAGGGCUUGUUGUUGCUUUGUCCUCAAUUGAUGCAGCUCUUUCUUAUGUGUUGGCUUUGCUUCUGCGAAAUUCUGCAUAAUGCAAACUGUUUUGGGCUCGAUUCUAGCUUAAUCACAGAGAAACACUAAACAUAUCUGUAACUUUGACACAGAUUCAUUGCUUGAUUACAUCAUUUCUUUUUUGUGAGGCUCA